AUGUCUAUAUCGCAUCGACCUCUCCUCUUGAUCAGGCCGCGACUAGUAUCGCCGUCUCAUCUCCGCAUCUUCAUUCCAGCCGUUCCAUCAUGUCCCAACCGAAAUCCGAAACACUACUGCUUCCUCUCUACUGAGUCUUCAUCAACCCCUCAUCAGGACGGGGGACCUCCUCCUAGCUUCAGUGCUUCCGUACCACACAAGAACCCAAACAUUCCUUCGAUUCCCUCUCCGGAUGCCUCCGCUUCUGGCUCUUCGACUCCCUCAUCCACGUCCACCACCAACUGGUACGACAAUCCCGACUUUACUAUCUCCACGUUCUCGGAACUGCCCUCAAAAAAUUUCGGAGUAAACCAACAUAUGAUUAUCAAUGAGGAAUUUAAAGAGGCCCUAAGGCAGAUACUUUGGCAGUUCAAGGCACCAAUCCGAUAUGCGUUUGCAUACGGCUCGGGGGUAUUCCCACAGUCCAAUAGAUCCGCUACUCCCGCUGGGAGCUCUCAUCCUGCCCCUCCCCAAGCCAUCCAGACGGGCCAAAACAACAGCGGGAAGAUGAUCGAUUUUAUAUUUGGGGUCUCGUAUAGCCAGCAUUGGCAUUCGCUCAACUUGAAUGAGCAUCGCGAUCACUACUCUGGUCUGGGAUCGCUAGGCUCUUACGUAGUUUCCCAGGUCCAGGAAAAAUGGGGCGCUGGCGUUUACUUCAACCCCUACGUUACUGUGAAUGGAACCCUUAUAAAAUAUGGAGUCGUCAAUAUUGACACCCUAUGUAAGGAUCUCAGUGAUUGGGACACGCUUUACCUUGCAGGCAGACUCCACAAACCUGUGAAAAUUCUCCGAGACCACCCGAAAGUCCGCCUUGCAAACCAAAUGAACCUGCUUUCAGCAGUCCGUGUGGCACUGCUGUUGCUUCCCCCAAAUUUUACUGAACAUCAGCUGUAUAGCACCAUCGCUGGCAUUAGUUAUAGAGGCGACCCUCGGAUGUCCUUUGGCACAGAAGAUCCGCGCAAGGUUAACAACAUUGUGUCCUCACAAAUGGGUAAUUUUCGCCGGCUAUAUGCAUCCUUAAUCGAGGCAUUACCAAAUGUCGCUUUUAAUGAUCCCCAAUGCAGUGACCCAGACUGGGUUGAUAACCCGGAAAUAAAUGCUGGUUUAGCCCAAGAUAUGGACCCUUUCAAAAGAGGAAAUAUGGUUCGAAGACUACCCCAAUCAUUCCGAGAGAAGCUAUUCUUCCAAUUUCAGUCACGAUUCCAAAUCCCAAGAGCGGAGUUUAAUAAGAUGAUGCAAGAGAGCAAUGAUGAAGACCCAGAACGAGUCCGUCGCCGAGUGGGAGGCAAGUUCGAGCAGAAGAUUGCUGCUGAUGAGUUCCUUCUAGACGAAGUAAAUAAAUCGAUCAAAAAAACGAUAUCCUGGCCGAGCACAAGCCAGAGCAUAAAGAGUCUAUUCACCGCUGGUGUUGGAAGAGGAUGGCGAUACCUCAGAGAAAAACAGGGGAAACACGCUUCUGCCAAACGAGAGCAUGAAGAAGACGCUUCCCACCCCAGAUAG